UAAAAUUAUCUGUCAUAUUAAAUGUGUUGAUGUUAUGUUAUUAUCCACGUAUGAUUCACGUGGAUGCUUGCCGGCUGUUUUAAUGCUAAGUGAAAUCCACUGUCAUUUCAAAUAUGGCAAAACAAUUGACUGACCAAAUAUUGGAUUAUUUAGAUAAGCACGGAGAAAUAAAUUCGCUGCAUUUGGCUGAAGUUUUUAAAGAAAAUCAUCAAAAAAUUAUUGGUGCCAUUAAAAGCCUUGAGGCACUUGGUGAAUUGAUUACUACUAAACAGAUUAUUGAUAAAAAGUGGGAAUUAACAUCAGAAGGUCAACAUGUAGUGAGCUAUGGAAGUCACGAAGCAGCUGUUUAUAAUGCAAUUCCUGAUGAUGGAAUGCCUCAACCUGAAGUUAUGCAGUCAGUUCCCUUUGCAAAGGUUGGAUUUUCCAAAGCGUUACAGGCUGGUUGGAUAGUAAUUGAUAAAAGCAGUGGUAAGCCUAUUGUGAAAAAGAAAGUAGCAUCUAUCACAGAUGUUACACAAAAUGAUCUAAAAACCCUUGCAAGUUUAACUGACCGCCUUAAAAAUGAAUAUAAGAAGAGAAAAUUAAUCCAAGAAAUAGUUAUUAAAUUUGUACAAUUGGAAAAGGGUCCAAAUUUUACAACAACAAUUGAAAAACAGGAAACAGAGUUGACUGCUGAUUUAUUAGUAAAUGGUGCAUGGAAAGAUAAGAAAUUUAAACCAUAUAAUUUUGAAGCUCUUGGUGCUACGCUUGAAGUGGGUCAUUUGCAUCCACUAUUAAAAGUUAGAAGCGAAUUUAGAAAAAUUUUUCUUGAAAUGGGAUUCACUGAAAUGCCAACAAAUAAUUUUGUUGAGAGCUCUUUCUGGAAUUUUGACGCAUUAUUUCAACCUCAGCAGCAUCCAGCAAGAGAUGCACAUGAUACCUUUUUCAUAUCUGAUCCAUCUCAUAGUACAAAUUUCCCUAUGGAUUACAUGGAGAAGGUAAAGAAAGUACAUAGCGAAGGAGACUAUGGGUCUUUAGGCUAUCGUUACGAUUGGAAAAUUGAAGAAGCACAAAAGAAUGUUCUUCGUACUCACACGACUGCUGUUAGUGCACGGAUGCUUUAUAAGCUUAUGCAGCAGGGCGAAUUUAAGCCAGUGAAGUAUUUUAGUAUUGAUCGAGUAUUUCGCAAUGAAACUUUGGAUGCCACACAUCUAGCUGAGUUUCAUCAAAUUGAAGGUGUAGUCGCUGAUUACAAUCUCACAUUAGGUGAUUUAAUAGGAAUUUUGUAUGAAUUUUUUAAGAAACUUGAUAUUACGCAACUUAAAUUCAAGCCCGCGUACAAUCCAUACACUGAACCAAGUAUGGAAAUUUUUUGUUAUCACGAGGGCUUGAAAAAAUGGAUAGAAAUUGGUAAUAGUGGAAUGUUUCGACCUGAAAUGUUAUUACCAAUGGAAUUACCUGAUGAUGUAAAUGUCAUUGCUUGGGGAUUGUCCUUAGAAAGGCCAACUAUGAUUAAGUAUGGAUUAAACAAUAUACGAGAUUUAGUUGGACCAAAAGUGGACUUGGAAAUGGUUUAUAACAAUCCUAUUUGUCGCUUAAACAAGACUAGUCAAAAUUCUUCUCAAACAAAGAAGCCCGAAGAUAAGAAACAAGAAUUAAACAAACAUGAAAAUAAAUCGUGUGCAGUUAAAUGUGCAGAAAAAUUCGAGAAGCAAAGGCUCGUCAUAUUUUGUGAUCCAGAACAUCCGAUCAAGUUUAUAGAAUUGUUCUUUCGUCACGUAAAAUCUUAUGUCAACAUUUUUGUGACCUCUCAUGUACAUUCCAGUGUGCAACAUUUUCCAAAUCAGUUAUUAACUUUUUGUUCAGAGUAUCGAAAUGCAAAGCAAACUACUGACAUACACUUAACAAUAAUCUGGAAAGAAAUUGGUAUUGAUCCCAUAUUGCAGUUACCAGGAAUGCACGAAAUUAUAGGCGAGAUAAAUGUAGCGCGAUAUCUAAAUCGCCUAAUCGAAAACUGUUAUCCACACGUUUUACGUUACGAAAGCAAAGGUGCAUUGUAUGCAAAUGAAAUAGAUAAUUACUUAGAAAAAAUACAUAAGUUCUUACAUACUAAUGUGCAUCAAAUUAUUCAUAAAAAAUCACGUUACGUAAUGGGUGAAGAUAAUAUAUCUAUUGUAGAUAUUUUAUUAGAAUCCCCCGAAAAAUGUAAACUACACAAACAGAAAUAAUAUGUAAAUAAAAUUUUGCAAGAAUACUAUUACAUAUUUACAUAUUGUUGGAUUUUUUAUAUGUGGUAUGCUUUCUAUAAAAUUAAGUUACUAUAUAUGUUAUACAUAUAUGUAUUUGGUUACAUAUUUAUUUAUAUUUUUCAAUGGAUUGGUACUUAAAUGAUGCGAUAAAAAAUAUUUGUCUUGAUGUUUUAAAUAUUUGCAGUAAUCGUGAGAAUGAUAUUUAAGUAGUUGUUUCUGCCAUCGUGUAAGUGGCUGCGAGAUGAGAAUGGAAAGAAAAAGCUGCAUUGAGGCGUCUUCUUUGUUCGUCUAAUCAGGCAUGCAUAUUGACGCCAUUUAUUAAUCGGUGUAUAUGUAAAUAUUUACUAUACGAAUGUUAUGCGUUAUUACAUAAGGACUCAAGAAGUCUCUAUGCAGUAUUCUUUUUCUAUUCCUAUAUAGCUUCUUCAGCUCGCUCAUGCACUCUAUCUUUAUAUCUCUAUGUUCAUAACCAGUAUAACCCUAGUUGCAGCAACAGUUCAUAGAUGGUGGUUCAUAGAUGUGUGAUUAUAAUAAUAAGUGCACAUAUGACUAGUGUUGUUAUUUUUCAAGUUCUUGCGCGCGGGUUCCAAGUUAGAUGGAUGGCUGUACAAGAGAAACAUUAUAGACGUUCAAAGAAUUCAACAAGUUAUUACAAAUUUUUUAUUAUUCUAAUUUUAUUUUCGCACAAAUCCUGCAUUGUGGAGAACAUUAUAUACUUUCUCUCGUGGAAUUUUAUCCGUUUCACGAUCGAUUACCUACAAUAAAAGUAGGAGGUGCUAUUAUAAGCAAUAAUAUGUAUAAUAAUACUACUAUAUGUAGAGUGUC